UGGCAAGAGAAUGAGCGUAUUGAACAUUCUCAUUUCCACGACGAAUAAAUAAGAAGCAUUCGAACAGUACUCGUGCAGCGUAACACCAAUUAUUCAGAGACGAAAGAGCUUCAUCUCGCUCAAGGUUCUUUCAGCUUUGAAGAAAAUCCAUCGAUGAAUCAUAGAGCGAUGACGAAAAAUUAUCACGAGAAUCUUGAUGCAAAUAAGGGAAAAGAACCAAUUAAACAAUCAGCGUCGAGCAUAGAGGAUGAUAGUCGACCAGAAAUAUUUGAAGCACAAGAUCAAAAAAUGGUGACACCUAAAACAACCAGUUAUCUUCGUGGGAAUGGAGAUGUUUCUUCAGUGGAAGGAAAGAUACCUCUUCGGGUACAGAGCAGCCAUAGUUUAGUGGGCCUGGUUGGACUGGAGGGCCAUGAAGACGAUUCCGAUGAGGAGUUCAUCAACACAGGCGCGAGUGGGAUCACAGAAGAAGAAGAAGAAGAAGAAGAAGAAGAAGAAGAAGCUAUGGAUACAUUAUCGCCAUCAACAAGGACCUCUUUGGAAGAUGAAACUUGUGUCACCACGCCACCCGGAAGCGUGCAAGGACCGGGAAUAUUGUCGCUGUCACCACCUCGUUUGACAACUUAUUCGCAUGGUUCAGCGACAUCUGCAUCAGUAGCAGGGAGCUUCGCGCUUCAACCUCGAUCAGUCCUAGCAACACAAGAGCAGUAUCAUUUGUCACCGCGACACUCGCGAUCGCCAUUGGUGCAACAACCACAGCAUCCAUCUCAGCCACGGUCGAGGCCACCCAGGGCACCUCAUCAUGUGUCGUCAAUCCCAGUAAUCAACAAUACGAGUAGUGGUCCCAUUCUUCUAUCUCGAUCAGUUACUGGAUCUGGGCCUGAACCAUCGACAGGAACUGGGGUGACGUGUUGUGGACACACUCGAACGCCUACGGAUGCCACAAAUUACUCGUUUUUGUCAUCUCUGACAGAGGCAACGGGAGGAGAAUACAGUGCUCCAAGACGUCGAACGUUGUCUUGGGAUUACAAUGGAAAUAAUGGAAAAGGAGGAGCUUCUGUAGGAUCAAAGUCGAUGGGAGGCCCAUCGACAGCAGGAAGCAUUCUCCAGCCAAUCCUAUCUGAAGAAGAGAUUUCAUCAAGACCCCCCAUGUCGAUAUCUGCUUCCAACUUACGGAGGCCUUCUCCGACAUUACCACAGCCAAAUAUGGCGAAUCCUGAGUCAUCGUCGCCAAAUAGUAGCACCAGACAAUUAGCUGUACCAGUUCCUUUGUCAACGCAAGAGAGUCUACAUCCAAUGAUUCAAAAACUGCAAAACCUUUCCCAUAGUGGUAGAAAAUCGUCUACUCAACCUUCUCCGUUGCCGUUGCCACCAAAAAAUAGUGAUGCUGAUCCACACCCUCUCAUUCAAAGAUUCCAACAAUUAUCUUCAACGACUUUACCCUUACCGCACAAUGUUGAUAAUAUCCCACAUCCACUAAUUCAAAAGCUGCAGAAGUCGUCUUCCUUCAAACUUAACCACAAAUCCUCAGUAACAGGGCAUGUGCCGAUCACGGCUCACGUACAAGAUGAGAAAAAAGAUGACGAUUCAAGUUUUCAUCGAAUAUCACAUCACGAAGAGCCCGCUCUGAGAAGAAGAACAACAACCGAUUAUUCCUCUUCGCGGUGCUCUUCCACUACUGUAAGCUUACAAAAGAUAUCAUUAACUUCCCCGAGCAAAAGUUUCGGGUCGAAUGGUUCGGGGCACACAAGUUUCGAUCUAAAGACUCUGUUGUACAUAACAAAGGAAAGUUCUGUGGAGACAGAGAUUCUUAAAGGUGUUGAAGAUAUAAUUCCAGUCCGAAAAAAGAGUGAAUUCGGCGACAAAGACUAUUGCCUACACAACUUGUGGCCAUAUUUCCUACUUGCCUUGGGAAUUUUGAAAUUCCUUAGUAGAGGAUUAUUCCAACAACAUUACGCUGGAGGGACUUUCUGUUUGGUUCUAGGAAUUGCUGUCAAAGUCAAAAGAGAGCUGUCUCGAGAAUUCUUGGAUGGGCGAGUCAUGGGUACGUACACAAGAAAUGCCCGGCGGGUAGCCGUGUUGAAAAUCACCAACGACUAACGAUUUGAAUCUUCUUGCCAAUUGUUUUGAAAGAACAUUAUGAUGAAUUGCCAAUGUUAAGGAAGAAAUUACUCUUGCUCAAUGCUAUUGCAACUCGAUUGACGAAGGACAAAAUUGAGUCGGUAAGCAAAGAAAUAGACGAAAGUGCACGUUGUUGAUUUUAAAAGAUUUUUUCCUUUGAUGCUAAAACUGGCGAUUGUACUAUUCAAAUCCAAUUCAUGUUAAUAGGAUUCGGAUGCAGAAGGAAUCUGCCAAUUCGGUCGCAUUGUUGAGUAUUUUCUUUGUGCGGUCGACCAGAAACCUUUUUCUGCUCUAGGGGCGCAGGAUGCGACAAGGGAGAACUUUAUUGAGGCUUCUGAGAUCAUCUUUGCGCAAUACACAACGCGGAAAUUACAAUACGAGAUCGAUUUUGAGUGUCUUUGCCGAGUGGCAAAGCGUCCCAAUGACUCGAUCGAUAAGGCGAAGGUUGCGAUGCUAUCAGAGCUAUUUUAUCCUUCACGACACGGUCAAGUCUCGAAACUUGAUUUCAUCAAAGCAACCGACAGGUAAGAUGAAUUAUGAGCUUGGUGACAAUACAGUUCCCUUUCUUACUCUUUGCAACUAACAGUGUGAUAUAUUUGCCAACUGAUCUUAGGGUAUACAAUACAGCAAUACUGCUGAUUGCAAAGAUAGAAAACGCUUCUCAAAUACAAAAGAGCUGUGAGUACGAAAUAUGGGCGGGGCUUGAAGAACGAAAUGAAGUGCACCACUAAUCGAAACUCACGGAAAUUUCUUUUCUGAUAUUUAUCAAUCAAUCGCAAAUUCAGUGGAUGGCACUGUGAACAUUGUGUUUUACACGAUGGCCUUUAUCUUCGCUCCUAGUGUAGUUGGAGUGGACAUGAAUAUUCUGCUGCUAACUGCGUUAAGUGUUUUGGUCAACUUCACGCUCGUUUUUUGUUUCAAGAACGAGGAAUAUCUAAAGGUGCGUAUAUGCGCACUUGCGGUAUGCAAGUCUGUGGUGACAAAGCAUUGUGUUUCUAAUCAACAUUUGUUGCUCUUUUAAUUCUUGCAUCGCACCCCUAUCCUGUGAAAUAUACAGGGAAUUCUGCGGGUCAUAACUCGAACAUCGUAUGACAUUGGCGAUCGGAUUCACUUCGCCAAUCUCAGAGGUGUAGAAGAUAUGGAAGCUGAAACUGGUGGGCCUCCAUGUGGUGGGUGGAUUGUUGAAUCACUCGAUUUGUACAACACCACUGUGCGGCAUGGAAUCACCGGGGAGUCCCGAACAUUAGCCAAUGGAUCUCCCCUGCUAGAAAAGUCGAAAAUCGUCAACUGGAAACACUCCCACAGGGCAAACCUGAGUUUUUCCUUGAAGCUCGCCGGGCCCCGAAUCGGGACAGAUGAGGUAGACCUCAUUCAUCGAAAAAUAAUGGAAUGGGUCGAGGGUCGUCCCCACGAAUGGUAUUCUCUCGCAUCAUUCCGGUUUGCCGAAUGCGAAAAUGUCAAGCAGCAGAAAUACACGGAGUUGAGUAUUGUUUUAUGUCACAGGGAGUCCUGGCACAGCUAUUGUGCAGUUCAAGACAGCAAGAGUGAAUUUCUCCUGUUUUUGAGUGAGUUGGAAAACCAUUCGAGGUGAUGAAUCGCUAAGCGAAAGAAUAAGUAGACAAAAUGUAGAGAGGUCUGUUCCAAGCUAUGCCUUUAUUUUGUCAGUACAUCAGAUUGGCAGCCUGAAUGUGACUCAGAAAUGUUUGUACUACUAGUAUGCAAUGCUUCUACGAAGGUGGGGUAAGGGAUAUGUGGUGUCUUUAUUUCACAUCGCUAGUUGGAAUGAAAAGCUUGCUGCAAGAUGCCCCAGAUCGAACUCUUCAAGGAAAGAGGAACCAUGUUUGAAACUUCUAAGAAUCAAAUCAACUUUCACAUGACUACAAUCAAUGAGAGACCCUACUAUCAAAAAUUUGUAAUGACAUUAUAUGUUAAGAUACGGUGACAAGUUCUGCUAACGAAUACCACAUGUUGUAAAAAGUUUCUAUUUUGGAUCUCUUUCAAAAUUUACCAUCUAACUCUGGACACACCAAUUUGAAUUCUUUUAGGUAGUACUAAAAUACAAGAAAUGAAUUAUCUUUUAAAAG